CAAUUGGUUGAUUGAUUUUUAUUGUUCGGAUAUCAAUAAGUUGAAACAAAGGAAAAGUGAUUGAAAAGGGCAUCCCUUUUCCUGAAAUUCCACCCACAUCUUUGAUUUUCGUCUACUUCUCAAAGUUUUAUUAGAAGACAAAAGAUAUGGCCGCUUGUACAGCACAGCUAGCCUAGACUCCACCUGCUGCUUCUUAUUGAUUGUGAAAAUACUUGCACACAGAAUUGGCGGUGAUUGUGUGAGCACUAGAUCAAUCAAUCCAUCCGUAAUGGCAACAAGUUGUUGUUCCAAUUUGUUGUUAUCAGUUCUGGCAGUCUCGGAUUGUGUGGUUUCUUUUGCUAACCCUACUUCUACUACUAGUUGUAAUUUCUCGUCUCUCUCUUCUUCGCACUCUUGGACAAGUUGCGCUAAGCAAACCACCACUCUCCUGCCAAUCUUGUCUUCAAGGAGAAAGUUGCUUCGUCGACAUGCCAAAGGAGAUGGAGGAGAAGCCAGUAGUUUGAGUAGUGAAAGUGAGCAUGAGGUUAAGAUGUUUGGUUCUGAUGAUGAAGUCACAACACAGAUCCCAACACAAGCCCAAUCUCUUGUAGGAGGGUCAGGCGAAAGUGCAGUUUUGGUUUCGGAAUAUAAGCCAUCACCUGAUAUGGACUAUCUACAGGAGUUACUAGCAAUUCAACAGCAAGGACCAAGAUCUAUUGGAUUUUUUGGGACACGAAAUAUGGGUUUCAUGCAUCAAGAACUUAUUGAGAUCCUAAGCUAUGCAAUGGUUAUAACUAAAAACCACAUAUUUACUUCAGGGGCUUCAGGGACUAAUGCAGCUGUUAUAAGAGGUGCUCUAAGAGCAGAAAAACCUGAGUUGCUAACUGUAAUAUUACCUCAAAGUCUGAAAAUGCAACCACCAGAAAGCCAGGAAUUACUGUCUAAAGUAAAGAAUGUCAUAGAGAAGCCUUACAAUGACCAUCUCCCUUUGAUUGAAGCCAGCAGGUUGUGUAACAUGGAUAUCAUAUCUCAUGUGCAGCAAGUCAUAUGUUUCGCAUUCCAUGAUAGUAGGCUGCUUAUGGAAACUUGUCAAGAAGCGAAAAACCUUAGGAAGAUUGUUACUCUUUUCUACUUGGACUGAUCAAGUAAAAAUUGGCCAACAUUAAAAUUAUUCUCGAUGGGAGUUACUUUUCGUUUGUAAAUUCAGGGGGAUAUAAGAAAGUGAUGAUUUUGACCAAUUGCAGCUUAUUGAUUGAAGAAUGGAGUAAAGACUUCCUUGUAUGGGCCAUGAAUCUUUGUUGGGCGAUAGAAUAUCCAAGAUAUGUGUUAGUUAGGCAAAUUGAUUUUACAAUCAACAUCAAGAAUUAGAGACCGUUUUAGAACAUUUUCUAAUGAUUUGAACCCAAUGUAGCCUCAGUUACAUUUCAUCACUUCCAUUGAAUUGUAGUUUAUUUGUAAUGGCAUUUUUUUGUAA